AUGAGAGGAGAGGGAGCAUCAGAGUGGUCAGCAGGAACUCAGAGGUCAGGCACAGCACUUGAAAAGGAUCAGAGCUAACAUGCUCAGUCCUGGGGCGUGCUAAGACAGCAUCAGUGUGAGUGUGAGAGCUCAAGCAGGGCAUCUUAAGUGGGAAGAGAAAACAUGAAAAAUGUCAUCAAAUGCAUGCAGCCUAUUCCCCAUUUAAAAAAAACAACCCCAAAAUUAUUAAAUGUAGGCAGGCCCCUGUGUGCCAUCUGUGCCAAAUACUUCAGUUGCAACCAAGUAUACAAAUCUGCAUAGCUGACUUUGUUUCCUUUUAUUUAAUUUUUGCUGGUAAUUUCACAUCAUUUAUUCUUCCACCAAGAUCCAGUUGUGUAAUUUAAUUUUUUUGUUGUUGUUCUUGCAAAGACCGGGGUAACAGGGCAGAGGUCCCAUAGAAGGCCCUUUGCCCAAUGACCCCCUAUUAUUUGGACCUGACACCAAUUAUGAUAUUCAUUAAAACUAGCAGCAGAAUUACAUUUGCUUCCCAGUCUUCUCCUUGAGACUCGAGGUGUUUUGCAAUAUUGCAAAGACAAAAGAGUAAACGUGGAAUAAUAAUAAAAAUGUCAGCCACGAUCAUCCAUGGUAAAAUGGAUGGUAAAUCUGUCUAUUAGAAACACUGUGUGUUGUUUGGCUCACAUUGCUUGCAGUGCAUUUGUCAUCUGUCGUCUUCUCUCUUCUGUGAUCCCAGCCCCAGUAUUAGUACCGAAUGAUUUGGUCUUUAGGAUGCAAGGCCAGCAUUUCAGAAAAGCCAUGCUAGAAUACAACCUCUUCCCCCAAAUGUCUAUCUCACCUCUGCUGUGGAUUGAUGUGUCUAUGGCAGGGUUUCCCAAACCUGGGUCUCCAGCUGUUUAUGGACUACAACUCCCACCAUCCCUAGCUAGCAGGACCAGUGGUCAGGGAAGAUAGAAUUGUAGUCCAAAAACAGCUGGAGACCCAAGUUUGGGAAACCCUGGUCUAUGGUCCAAGAUCAGAGUAGAUGCCCUGCAGACAUGGCAACACCCACCCCGAAAGGACUGGAAUUUAAUUCCUGUGGGGAUAUAAUACUAUUCACCCUACUGUUUGGGCAGCAUUAACUAACUAGAUUUUAACUGGGGACACAGUACAAUAGUCAGAAGAAGUAUAAUAAUUGACUUCCUGUUCCCAGAAUCAAAAUCUUCACAGGAACAUUUUCCCAACAUUUUGUACUUGUUCUGCAGUUAUUUAUUAUGCCAAUGAUGAAGUGGCUGUGGGAUAACAAAGCAAGAAUGCACCAUCUAAAGAUAAAAUAUGUAUUACACGUUCCAUGCUCUCCAGCCAGAAAAAUCCAUUUAUUCUGUUUUCAAGAUUUGUUUGUGUGAGAGCACUUUCAAGGAGAUUUUUCUCAUACGUUUGACUAUAACAUCAAGAAAAUGAUAAAUUAAUCUACGUUCCUUAAUAAUAGUUUGGGGGAAAGAAUCGUGUUUUUGAAUAACAGCAAAGAACACCACAGAAGUCUUGGCUGAAAACAGGGGACAAUGGGUGGGAACUGACUGUGUGAAGCUCUAUUGAUGAAAUACCCCAGUCUAGAUAAAAGUAAAGGUAAAGGGACCCCUGACCAUUAGGCCCAGUCGUGGCCGACUCUGGGGUUGCGGCACUCAUCUUGCUUUAUUGGCCAAGGGAGCCGGCGUACAGCUUCCAGGUCAUGUGGCCAGCAUGACUAAGCCGCACCUGGCGAACCAGAGCAGUGCGCGGAAAUGCCGUUUACCUUCCCGCCAGAGCGGUACCUAUUUAUCUACUUGCACUUUGACGUACUUUUGAACUGCUAGGUUGGCAGGAGCAGGGACCGAGCAACGGGAGCUCACCCCGUCACAGGGAUUCGAACCGCAGAUGGUCAUAUGCAAACAGCAGAUCUCUUGUAGAUGGGAUGGUGGGGUAUCCCGUUCAAUUUCAGCUGGAGGAACUGAGCCACACAUAGAAGGGAAGUACUUUAAUCAUGUUAUCCACAGAGCAAUAAUACCUUUCAAAGUAGUCUCCCUCCUCAGCCAUGGAGGCUGAUACUGAUCAGAAUGUAAACUUGGCUGAGAGGAUGUGAUGUUUGAAAGAGACGUUCACAAUGAUGUUUUGUUUCAAACAAUGUCUUUGCUGAGAGGAGCUGUCCAGCCUAUGCCACAAAGGCUCUUGGAAAAGAUACAUGGAAUGUUUAACGUUUGGUAAGUAGGUCUUUCACUGUAGAGGUACAACUGCAGAUUUAAUCAUGAGGAGCCCUAUGACUUCAGUGGAGAGUACUUGAUCCAUAUGGACCAUGCCAGACUAUCUCCUGGGCUAUUUGUUUUCAUACUCAACUAUCAACUGCAAAAAGUAGCUAGUAGUCAGAAGUGUUUUUUGUCCUACACUACCUAAAGACCAAUAAAGCUAACUAAAUGCUUUAAAUUAGAGAGGAUGCAAAACAAACAAAAUCUAUCUCAGCCUCCAUCCAGAAGAGCAUGUUUACAAAAUGUCACACAUGUUUCCCCUGUGGCAAAUAUAAAAGAACAUUGCUGCAAAAUGCUACAUUGCUGGCAUAUUACUCUGUAUGAGGUUGUUAAAAAUGUAUACACAUGGAAGAUGCUGGGACAUACCACAACCAUCUCUGCUGAAGAUGCUACUAGUCUAAUGCACAUUUGUGGAUAUGUUCUAAGACUUUGCUGAGAGACUUUUACUUUAUAUAUAUUAUUAUUUCUUAAAUUAGUAUACUACUCUUCAUCUGUAGAGCACCAGGCAGUUCACAACAUAAAUAUAUAGUGGUUUAUCUCACUGUUCUGUAUAAUCCUGAGUUAGUGCUACUUGGAUAUUUGGAACAUGCUAGCUGUGACAAGAAUUUAGAUGGCAGUGUGUUGCAAGACCAUAAGCCCCCUGCUCUGAAGCAGUGGGUUACAAAAGCCUGGAACACUGCUAAAAUGGUAAAGAUGACAGAAUUGUAAAAUAGGGAAACCACAACCAACAUUUCCCAGAGGGGCUUGUUCACCACAUAAAACUGCUGAGGUAAAAUGUGGAAAGUAGACUUAACUUUACCCAGAAAUCUUUACUGCAAGGAAACAUUUAGGGUUGGAUCCAGACUUAGCCACCCUUAGAGUAGUCCCACUGAUCUACUCUACAAGUCUGCCAUAGAAUUUGAGUGCCAAACUUUCAACACUAACUUAUCUAUCUAUCUAUCUAUCUAUCUAUUCAUUUAUUUAAAAAUAAAGUAAAUAAGAUAUUUUACCAAGAAUAAAAGAGUGUAGCAGCAAAAGUUGAGUUACCUCAGGCAGAGAGUGUUUUGCAGUAUAUCCUUACUCUUCCCUUUUGAGAAUGCACUAUUUCAUUGCUAUAGUAAUGCAAUUGUUAGUUUUCCUAAAAGGCCAUAAUGUUAAGGGGAAGGAAUUAAGGCCUUGUUACUGUUUCCAAAGAGAGAUGUGGAAAUAGACUUUAUUUCAACUCCAGUUGACGUCAUGAGAAGAGAGGUUACUGCAGAUUGUUUCAUUUUGUGCUGUGACUUAUACCUCAGAAAUCUGACCCUUUUCAGAUCCACAUACUGAUUGGUUGCCUAAUCCACCUCUCCCCUGCCCCCCACAAGGACAGUAAAGCAAUAAUAUGAUUUCUAAGGCUUCCCAGUUAAUAGUGCCAUGUUGCAAUCUGUCAAGGAGGACAUAAUGCCCUCUGAUGCAAAAGGGUGGUUUUCGUAGUUCUUUUUGCUGCCGUGUGCUUUUGUGUUUCAAUUUUUUAAAUUUGAAAUUAUGAGGUCUCCGGUGUUUUCCUACAAUUACAAAUUCCAGUGACUUCUAUCUGAAAUCUUCCCUUGUCCUACUAAUUCUCUUCAUAGUAGAUAGACAUCUGCCAUCUCAGCUUAAUUUGACUACAAAACCGCAAGGGCAGUUUUCCUUAAAUACAAUCAGGGAGCUUAAAUCUGAAGAAACUCAUCAUGUGCCUCAGCAGCCAAGUUUAACUGGGUUUGAUUGAAAUCAACCAAGAAGCAGAAAAUGCUAACCAUUGUGUUUCAGCUUCCAUUUGAAUCCAGGAACAGAACUGGAAACUCCCUAACUGCAAUGUUUGCUAAUACUGAUCUAUACAUUUCUCAUAUGAACUUAUGUUUGAAGGAGUAGGAUCAUGAGCAUCUGCAUUGUGAUGAUUAAAAUAUGUGCUUAGUGGAGAAGCAAACGUAGACCUUAGAUAUGAAAAAUGUCCUACAAAGACUUACUUUAGUGCAGUAACAGCACUGUCCUAUGCUUCCUCUGUUGCUCCCCUUUGAGUAAAAUACUCUGAAUUAAGCUUAGUUAACUGCCUGUGGUCUAAACCACAGAGCCUAGGGCUUGCCGAUCGGAAGGUCAGCAGUUCGAAUCCCUGCGAAAGGAUGAGCUCCCUUUGCUCAGUCCCUGCUCCUAGCAGUUCGAAAGCACGUCAAAGUGCAAGUAGAUAAAUAGGUACCGCUCCGGCAGGAAGGUAAACGGCAUUUCUGCGCACUGCUCUGGUUCGCCAGAAGCGGCUUAGUCAUGCUGGCCACAUGACCCGGAAAAACUGUCUUGGCCAGUAAAGCAAGAUGAGUUCCACAACCCCAAAGUCCUUCAUGACUGGACUUAACUGUCAGGGGUCCUUUACCUUUACCUUUUUAACUGCCACCCAAUAAAAUUAAAUGUAUCAAAGCACAUUGGUAGGAGAGGGAUAAUUUGAGGCAUGAUACAACAACCUUGCAGAAGCUAAGCAUGUCUGGGACUACCUUUGCAUGCCACUUGACUUCCAUUGCCGAAAAAAGAUGAGACACAAACUUAAUAAAUAUUGCCAAAAAAUGGCUGUUAACACAUUAUAGGCCACUUGGAGUUAUAUCCAAUACUCUACAAGGGUGGUUCCACUGGCAUAACAGAACUUUCUUUCCUUUCCUCUCCUCCCCCAACUCUCCAGAGCCAAUUUUGAGGAUGCAAAGAGGGGUUAAAUAGGAAGUUCCAUGGUGAGCACAGAAGUCCAUUAUGCCAGCAGAGCUGCAGUGUUGGAUAUGGCCCAAGAUGUUGUGGGUUAUAAUAAGUAAACAAAACCUACUGAAAUGAAACAAACCAAAAGGAUGGCAAGAAGCAGAUCCAAAUUAUGAGUCACAAUAUUAUUUUAAGCAUUAUGAAUUGCAUCUAUGUCAAAUACUAAAACCCUUUGCCUUUAUCCCAAAAUCUAACACAACCCCAGUAGAGUGGUUGCCCACAUCCCAUCCCUUGUGACGUUCAUGUCUCCCUUUCCUUCUUUCCAUUCAGGGUCUCUUCUUCCGUUGAAUUUGAGACUCUGAACUCCUAGAAACAGGGACUCAUCUUCUGGCUUAUGUUAGCCUAUAAAGCACCAGGGGCAUUGAUUGUAAAGAAAAUAAUAAUGAGGAUGAUAGCAUUCUCGUGUCACUGCCUAACAGCAGGUUCAGGCAGCAUGCAAUUUGAUAGCCAGCAAGCACUUCCAGUAAUAUCCAAAAAAAAGCCACAGCUGAAAAUCCACCAAAUUGAUGCUCUCCAUGAAGAAUAUUUCCCUAGACGUUAAGCGGCAAUUUCUAAACCACAGAUAAACAAUUUGCUUAUGAAAUGAAUUAUUCCUUCUUAGGAAGAGUGACUACAACUUCACAAAGCCAGCAGCACACACAAAAAUGUCUUCCCUCCAACAAUAAGUAGGUCAUUGGUUAUCCCGUAAAUUGAACAAGGAAAAGAUGAGGGAUGGGUUGAGUGGAUCUUUUUCUUUUUUUCUUUUCUUUUUUUGCCCACAGAUGUUAUUUUUAGCUCAGUUCUCACUUGAUGAAGGACAAAAAUAAAACCUUAUGCAUUUUUCAUGGCAUGCCGGCGUGCCAAAUUGAGGCCCUCACAAUGUGCCCUUGGCUCGAUACAUUUUUAAUAAGCUGUACCCAGCAACAAAAUGAAUAGUCCAUUUUGGGUCUCACAUUCAGAGUCCAAGCCUGUGGGCAUAGCUACAAUUAGGCAUAACAACCCUACAAACACUUACGCAGGAGUAAGCCCCAUGGAACCCAAUUUUGGAGUAGAUGUGUCUAGAAUUGUGCAUUACAGCUCCUGCGGCAUGAGCUGAAAUGAGCAGGCCAGCCAUAAAUGUUCAUUCUGCAAGUUAUUCAACUAAGUAGUUGCACUAGUGCAAGGAUUAGCACUAGCACAGUGGGAUUCUGCACACACCCCUGCGCUCAUGCUCUCCGCUUUUGCACUUUCUUCCCUUCAUAUCUCCUCAUCUCCACUUGAUAGUGCCAUUGUGGGAGGGAAUAUGAAACUGCAGGAAAGGAGGGUAGCACUGCAGACUUUUGCCCCACUGGAAAAAUGUGUAGAUCCAGCACAGUCUUCAUUCCUGACCACUGGCAAUGCUGGCUUGGGAUGAUGGUAACUAUAGUCCAGCAACUUCUAUAAACCAUAAUUAAACUAAACUAGUUAAACCAGGCUUCCUCAAACUCAGCCCUCCAUAUGUUUUUGGCCUACAACACCCAUGAACCCUAGCUAGUAGGACCAGUGGUCAGGGAUGAUGGCAAUUGUAGUCUCAAAACAUCUGGAAGGCUGAGUUUGAGGAAGCCUGAAUUAAACCAUUGGCCAUCUAACUCAGGAUUGUUCAGAUUGGCUGGCAGUGGGUACCAAGGAUUUCUGGUAGGGAUCUUUUCUGGCCCUACCUGGGUUGAAUCUGAGAUCUCCUGGUUGCAAAGCAAAUGCUCUACCAUUGAGCCACAGCCAUGAGAUGCUACAGUGUGACUAUGCAGUGUGUUAGUGUACACAGCUGAAACUGCAGAUUCUCUACAGUGAAAUAGGUCUACUAGGUUUCAUCCAAUGGUGUCCAUGCAUGGCUGAAAUGGACUUCUCAUGCAGUGGGGUGCCCAUUCUUCCUCCUCUAUGCAGCCCCCUAAAAUCUGCUCUGGAGGAUUGGGGGACUCUCCAGAGCAGAAUUGGAGAAGGAAGGAGGAAGUUUGCUUGUAUAUUGUUUAAUUACACCCACUGUGUAUCAUUCCUCCAGGUUUCCAUGAGGGAUUUUUCUUGAAAGCAUCAGAAAAUAGAAUGGCAUUCUUCUGGUGUUGUCAAGGUCCAGAAGAGUGACUUAGUGGAAGUGCUGGCUUCUUCUGAGCUGAACUGCCUUACAAGAGAAGUCUACAACUUCAGAAGAUACUAUCAUUAACUGUAAAGGCUGGUGUUGAGACAACUUCUUAAAAAAAGAAGUACAAAUCAGCCAGCAUAAAUACAGCUACAGAAUCCCCAUGGGUGUCUGGCUGUUUCCACAAUACUAAGGCAAACAGAGGCUGGCCAAAAUUGUUCCUGGGAGUUGUGAUGGAUUGAGAAAAUCAAUGGUUGACCUUAGAGCAAACAUGCUUAACUAUGGACAGAGUAGUAGAUUUCUUACAGAAGAAAUGUAGGAGUGCAUUCAACACAGAAGGGUCUUCUACAGGAGUGAAAAGCAUUGUUAUUUGGGCUGCAAGGACCAUUUAUGUUAUCUGGUUUCCCAAAAUAGUUAGCUGAUUUCUGAUUUUAACAUUUUGCAUGGUUUUUAUCAUAAGCUUUUUUUACGUAUAACAUUUUGCUUUGUUGUUUUGUGAACGGGGAUAUAUAAAUAUUUUUUAAAAAUAUAAAUAUUUAUAACUAUUUUAUAAUUAAAUACAUUUACAAAGUACUGUUAGGUUAUGCAAUCUAUUCCCGCCCCCCCCCCCCCCAGAUUUGGCCACCUUGUAUUUCAUCUUACAUUGGAAUAUCAGACACAUUUAAGUGGGCUCCUAGUCUACUUUAACUAUCAGGAGAUGAAAGAACCGCACUCAAGUUUUUAUCAACUGAAAAGGUAAUUACACUAAGCUUACUGCCUAUAAAGUUCUGUAUCUUUAGAAACCACAUGUCUCGGGAUGUGUCAAAUUAUCCAUUCCUUUUCAUGUGAAGCACAACCUGGGUGUGAUUUUGCCACAUACCAGAAAUGGGGGGAAUGGCAGCAAAUUUGGAGUACUUUACUAUCCUCAGUUGCCAGUUAUUUAAACACAAACUUCUGAAACCCUUAGAACCACAAGAGAUUUGUCAACAGUUUCCUGUGUUGUCCGCUGAGAGAAAGAGCGCAACUGUUUUAAGAAAAAAGAAAGAAUGCAGCUAAAGGACCUGUCUUGAUUGUGGUACAGAUGUAUUACACAUUUGACAAGAAGCAUGCAAGGGGCAGGGAGGUAGAUAUUUCAGUUUUGUGUUACUUGAGACAGAAAACAAGUCGCUUUUUACUUAGCAGGAAGCACCCACAGGGUGCUAAUAAGAGCACUGCUGACUGUCUUGGUUUAAGCGCUAAGCUUCUGUCCAAUUGCAGAGCUACAAUAGCCAACAGCUUACAUUAAUUCCUGGUUGGGUUUAAAGAAUUCAUAUUGAAACGGCACAAAUUCUUAACAUUGAAGGGAUUAGUCUCCCUUUUUAUUUGCAACAUUACAACAUGGAUUCUGCACGGCAAUUGAGAGAAGCUUUUGCUUAGCUAAAAGUUAAGAAUGCACUCUUAAUGAUUCCGGCGUACAUAUGCUCAUGGAAAGCUAAUUAGGGCCCCUGUAGUGCAGACUUUGGCUUUUUGUUCAAUCUUCUCCAAACUGAAAACACAGUGUUCAGGAAGCCCUGCUGAGUGGUCUAGAUUCAGAAGAGCCAGCUUGUUUCUUUGUAUUGCCAGCAACUCUGCGUUGUUUCUUAGAUGCAAAGCAGGCAAACAUUAUACUAUACAUGGAAAAUAUGUGUGUUUAUAUGCAUAUCUCCAAGUAGUGAGAGACUCCAGGGGUCCCUGUGCUUACCUGAGUUUGUUUCCUCCUAUGAGCUUGGUGGGGGAAAGGCCACAGAGAAACUUCUUGGGAUAUGCUUAAUUUUGGUCAGCCGAAGCCAUUGCCUUGUCAAAGAAACUGGUCUGGCAAGCUUCCUCUUAUGCAUUCUCUCCUCACAGAUACAUUUGGUGGUCCCAGAGGAACAACCCCACCCAGCUUCAUUCAUUCCUGCAUGUAUUUUAAUACUCAGGAUGUUUGUUUUGGCCAUUGAUUUGGUCUAAUGCUAACUUCAUCCCUACCCACUCCCAUCUGCAUCUGAUCAUAUCCCCAUUCCUACGUCAGUUGCUUUCCUCCUCAAUGACACGCAUUAGGUCACGAGUAAAGCACAUCAAAGUGCAAGUAGAUAAAUAGGUACCGCUCCGGCGAGAAGGUAAAUGGCGUUUCCGUGCGCUGCUCUGGUUCGCCAGAAGCAGCUUAGUCAUGCUGGCCACAUGACCCGGAAGCUGUACGCCGGCUCCCUCAGCCAGUAAAGCGAGAUGAGCGCCGCAACCCCAGAGUCGGUCACGACUGGACCUAAUGGUCAGAGGUCCCUUUACCUUUACCUUUUAAAAUGCCUUUGCCUUGCCCCAGUCACCUGCUUCCCCUGUUUCUCCAGCAAUUGUACAGAACGCUCCUUAUCAUGUAGAAGACCUUUUUUGAAGUAGUGGUGAUUGACAGCAUAUAAAUCGUCAUAUAAACAUACCUAGCACUAAGUAGCGACAGAACUUUCUCGUGCAGCAGAUUAACCAGCGAUACCGAAGUAGAAACACAUUCAGGUUUUUGUCUCUUUGUUCCACAGCAGAUUGGCAACAUUUGAAAAGCGGCAAGCUCCACAGAACUGCUGCUUGGGAAAUUUGGCUCACAGCCAGACCAAAGGUAAUCAAUUAAGCCAGAAUUAAAAUGCCAUUUUCCAAGUUUUGCAAAAUGACAAAGAGCUUGAUGCAAGCUGACAUCGGAAAGGUUAUGCUCCUCAGAGCUUAACAUUUAACAAAGGAAUGGCUAUAAAAUUACAGCAAAUGCCACUGUGUGUCACGAUCUUUCUCGUACCACAAGACUCUCUGAUGCUUAUUUCCAGUAAACAAGGAGCUAGGGAAUAGCUUCCACUUAAUGGUCUUAACCCAUAAAGGCUUACUUCUAAGUAGACUUGCUACUCCACCAUCAGAGGCAGCAUUUUUCUGAAUGCCAGUUGCUGGGAACUGCAGGAGGGGAGACUGCUCUCACACUCGCUUCCUGCUUGUCUGCUCCCAUAUGCAGACUUUCCAUAGGCAUCUGGUUGGCCACUGGUUGGCCACAGGAUGCUAGACUAGAUGGACCAGUGGCCUGAUCCAGCAGGCUCUUCUUAUGUUCUUAAUUCCCAGUGGGAAAUCUGCACAAAGUUGCUUUCAAAAAUCUGUUACUAAUGUAAAAGAUAUCCCGUACAAAUGAAUUUUCCAAAGUAUUGUGAGCUAGUGAUAAGUUGAUUUAAAAAAUAUUUAUGUUUUGCUAGCACCAUAAUGAUUACCUUUUAUCUGGAAUGAAACAUAAGGACUGUAGAAUAACAUUUCCUAGAAAAUAGAUCUAUCCAAAUAAACUGAGUCAUUUUAAAACAGAGUCCUCCCACCAAUAAUAAGUUCUUGUAAAAAGACAAUGGAACGCUAGAUUACAGUUAACAACAUACUGAUCCCUGUCUGUACUUCCUGCAUUUCAGGACCUCACUGUUUAUAAUUUUCCCCAGCAUAUGUGUUUGUACUCCAGUGCUUAUGUCUUAUUAGUCUUCAGUUCAAAACCCCUGGUGCCUUAUAAAAGUUGAAGGGUUUUUUAAAAACUAUAAUUUCUCAUACUUAUCUGAUUCCCUUGGCCCCCAAAACUGGCUACCAUAUCUGCAGGCAGCAAAAAAUAAGGGGAGGGGGAAUUUCAGUGAUUUUUCACAAAAGAGUAAAAAAUCUGGUGCUUACUAAGCAGCGGCACUCCUCUGGGAGGCUCAUAAAGGUAAAGGGACCCCUGACCAUUAGGUCCAGUUGUGGCCGACUCUGGGGUUGCGGCGCUCAACUCGCUUUAUUGGCCGAGGGAGCCGGCGUACAGCUUUCGGGUCAUGUGGCCAGCAUGACUAAGCCGCUUCGGCGAAACAGAGCAGCGCACAGAAAUGCCGUUUACCUUCCCACCGGAGCGGUACCUAUUUAUCUAUUUGCACUGUGCUUUCGAACUGCUAGGUUGGCAGGAGCUGGGACUGUGAAACGGGAGCUCACCCCACCACGGGGAUUCGAACCGCCGACCUUCUAAUCGGCAAGUCCUAGGCUCUGUGGUUUAACCCACAGCGCCACCCACAUCCCUGGGAGGCUGAUAGUGGCUCCCAUUUACCCUAAAUGCCAACUUGGAAGAAUGCUAUGUAAUGGCAUAGUGUCAUUACCACAGGCCUUCUGAGAAAUAAAAUGGCGGCUGCCAGUCCCCCAAAAGGGUGCAGUCACAAGUAGGUAGUCACUGCUGUUGUAAGACAAGCCACAGAGAGUUAUAGGAGUAAGUUUCAAGGCAACUUUCACAUGCACGCACACACCAAAACUGAAGCCAGAAGUUCUUACUAGAAAACAUUUGGCUUAGGCUUAAUAGUUCCUUGGCUUUUCAAGGAGGCUUAAUGCCUCUGAAUUCCUUGAACAAUUAUAAAAUAAGAGGUCUUCAUCUAAAAAUCGGCUCCUCUAGCUUGGGGAAGCAAAUUCUGCUGCCAGUUUCCUGAGCUAACUUUGAACUAAAUGAAAAAUGCAGAAUCUAAUUUUCCAAAGACAGCCUGCCAGUGUAUAGAUGUUGUGCAUGGGUUUUUUUAUUAUUAUUAUCAUGCGAUCAUAACAGUUUCCAAAACCAUUACCCUUCAGAUGGCACCAAUUUAUAAUCAUGAUCCCUAUGUCAUUUUGAUGGUGCUGACUGAAAAGUUACAAGGUUAAUUUCAUUAGAAAUUGCUCAGUGUGUAUGUAAUACAGAACUGCAAACAAGAAGAAUAUUCACACAGUUCCAAGCAAUGGUAUCACACAAUGCCUUUCAAUGAAGAAAAAUGAGUUAGAAUGAGCACAUAAUAAAAUUAGGAAGUCAGCAGAGCAGUGGGGGUCAGGACGGGGCGGGGGGAGAAUGGUGGCAUAUGAUUUGUUUCUUCCUGGUAACAUCUAGCAUAAUGCAAUUCCUAGCAUGAUAUUGUUGUACUGUCCAUUGCCAGUGGCACCAUCAGAGUAGGGCAGGAGGGGCAUCCAAAUGCAUUAGGACUGGCCUACCACAUUUUGAAAUAGGUGAACAAAUCUGCAGUGAAUGGUGUGGUGGGGUACACUGGUCACCUGACCUCCCUCUGGCUGAGUCAUUGCUGCAUCCCAAGACAGAAGGGUGAAGGGACAAGGUGGUGGUGAAGUGGGUGUGGCACAAAUGUGCCAGCAAGAGCACCAGAUUUGACCAAUCCCUGACCUUGCCACCACCUCACCCUUCUCCCUCUCUAAUCCCACUAUACAGCAGCAUCUCAGAUGGAAGGAGGUCAGGUGAGCGAUGCAGCCACACAAUGACAUUUGCUACUAGAAGUCGUGCACAUUUACCAUCUUGAGAGUGUGGCCCAUGUAAGACGUAAUCCAAAGUGUAAAAUUAUCUAAAUGCACCACUGUCCAUUCCCAUGCUCCCAUUGCAUAACAUUGGUUGCUGGCAGUGGGGAAUUGGUGAGGAAACCAUAAAGGUAAAGGUAAAGGUAUUCCUGACCAUUAGGUCCAAUACGCAGAUUGCCGGUGUUUGUCCACAGGCAACUUCUGGGUCAUGUGGCCAGCAUGACUAAGCCGCUUCUGGCGAACCAGAGCAGCGCAUGGAAAUGCUGUUUACCUUCCUGCUGGAGCAGUACCUAUUUAUCUACUUGCAUUUGACAUGAUUUGGAACUGAUAGGUUGGCAGGAGCAGGAACCGAGCAACGGGAGCUCACCCCAUUGCAGGGAUUCAAACUGCCAACCUUCUGAUCAGCAAGCCCUAGGCUCUGUGGUUUAGACCACAGUGCCACCCGCAUCCCAAGGAAAGCAUACUCUGUAUUAUUUGAAAAGGGAAGGGAAAGAGGCAAGGAGUGGUGAUAGUGCCAUUUCCCCUUGAAGCAUCUAUGUGUCUAGCCCAGCUAUUCUGUCUAGUCCAGCAUCUUGUUUUCUUUAGAGGCCAAUCAGAUUUAUCCAAGAAGCCCACAAGCAGAGCAUGCAGGCAACUAGUACCCAGAUGCAUAACAGACUCAAAGUCAUAAGUGACACAAGCACCUGCACUUAAAUUAAAAACAAAAAUUGGAAGCCAAACAGAGAUCAGGUCAUAGGUUGCUUUGUAAUAGGUUCACCAGCAACCCACAUAAUGAUAUCCAAUGUUAGUCAUGCUCAGAGUAGACCCUUUGAAAUCUGGGUAAGACUAACAAUGGGGAUAACCUAAAUAUUUUUCUCUUAACAGGAAUAAAACCAAGUCUUAGUGAACCACCCAUUUUUUAUUCCACCAUUUUUUUAUUCCACCUUCUAAAAUAUUUUCUAGACAGCUGCUAGAGAUUGAUCAGAGUUCUUGAAAAUCAAUAGUGGCUCCAACAGUAACAUUUGUUAGUUGCUUCUGUAGCUGCAUCUUCCGGAACAAGUAUUGUUGAACACACAUUGAGUUUAAGACGUACUACUGAGUAUCUGAUUGUUCACAAAUUGUUCCUUGUUCUGGCAGUUCUUUUACAGGUACCAGGAUCAGUUCUCUGAGUAACAGCCAUUCUCUGGGUUUUAGAAAUCACAAGGCUCAUGCAAUUGUGAUUCAGAGUGAGUGAUUAGAUAUCAAAAGGAUACAGUGUUCUUUCUGACCCAUAUUACUAAAAUUAUUAAAAUUAGUCAUUUUUGGUGUAAAGGUUUUCACAACAACAUGCGAUGUGAAGUUUACAUUUGUAGAUUUUAUCUUUUCGCUUUUCAAAGGUAUCUGAUUUUGAAGAAAUUAAAUGAUGAAUUUAUAGUACAAAGCUUGGAAAAAUCUCCCAUUUUUGGUGAUGAGCUCCAAAUGUUUAGAAUCCACAUCUUGGGAAGAGAUUAAUACAUUAUAUUUCAAAGUCAGGAACAGGCAAAUCUAUCACAUUUACCCUACCAUUAGUAUGCAUCAUGUCAUCUAGCAAACUGUAUCUCAUCAAAUUCUUUAUUUUAUUGUGAACAUAUUGGUAGCAUAUUGGAAUGUUGAACAUAACAAGAAGCAUGUUCAUUAAAUCAACUGAAGAAAAAGCAAUACAGAUUGCUGUUGACAUUCCUUUCUGUUUUUCACAUCUUCCCCUUUCCUUUUCCAAUUAGAGCUCCAGAGUAGAGCCAAUCUCUGCUGAAAGGAGCAGGGCUUGCAUUGGGCACCAAAUUUAAACAGCAAACCCUGCUAGAAAGCAGCAAUUGGGAGUGUAUGUCCAAGGGUGCCCAGAGGAUUUGCUGGACCAAGUACAUUGUAUGCAAAUUGAGCUUUCCAUCCCAUUCACAAAACUGGAAGUCAGAAAUACUCAUUGAUCUAAUUCAUCUCACUCCAUGAUUUACCAGUAUAUUCCAAUCUAUCUUCUGUCCAUCCUUGUUCUAAUCUACCCUAGGUUUUUUCAGUGAUAAAAUACUAUCAAUCUUUCAUAGAAAGGCAAUAAAACAAACCCAUCAAAGAGCUAAGAGCAAGAAGGGAAAAGCACCACCUUUUAAGAGUGAAAGGCAUUCAUGAAACAUAGGUCACAGGUUAUGUCCAGACUGUUGUAUUGCUGUAAUCAUGAGACAAAUUGUUUUCUGGAAUUUAAGCAGUUUGGAGCUCGGGGUCACAGUAAUUCUGAUUUCCACAAAUCAGCUGGAUCAAUGUAGCUCUGAGAUGUGAAACACUCCAGUCAUGAGCAAAUGCCUACUCUAUUUGAUUUGGCCCAUCUGUGAUCUCAGUCCAAUCAUGUGUGAAAUUAGAUAGUGAUCGCUGUUAAGCUCUUAGAGAACAAAGGUUGUAUCCAUGAUAUUGAGCUAGUGAAGUUAUCAUCAAAGUAUUAUAUUAAUUGUCAUUCUCUUUAGCAAAAGAGACCAAAGAGUAAAAGUGAAUGACUGUCAGAGGAAGACAGUCUGUGGCUUUUCCUCACCCCAAUAGCGUGAGGUUCAACAGAAGGACAAAAAAAUGCCUUCACCUCGCUUCUUGGUGGCCUUGAUUUGAUUCAGCUUACCAGGGAGUGGAGAGGGGUGAGAGUUCAACUGUUCCAUAGACACUAUAAAGAUAAUAUCGAUCACAGUUUUUGUAAAGAGGAGAUAUAUAGAUUUAAGUCACACAUGUGCACCAAAACAUUCAGUGUAGCAAGCUAUCAUGGGGAUGGUUAUAUUGCUGUCAAUUAUUUGGGGGGGGGGGAGGAAAUCAUGGCGAAGUGCUUCUGGGUGCUCCUGGCAUCGUGGUGAUACAGUUUUUCUUUCCUCCUGGUGGAUUUGCUGCACCCCAUGAGGUGUUGCUUCUGAGGGCUCCUGAUCCUCAAGAGGAAUCCAAAGUAUUAUUCCAUAAACUGGCAGAAAUGUUGAUGGAUAGCGGUUCAGGGCAAUUUUAUAUAAUGGCUGUUGUAAACUAUAUAUAUAUAAAAUCUGAUAGUGCAAGGAGGAUUCAAAGUGUCUUUGCCUGAAUGCCACAACAACAACAACCCUUCAGACCUUCCCAUUCAAUGUGGGAACAUUGGGGGUGUCACUCAAAGGGCAGGGAUAUUAGGGCAGGGCUGGGAUGCACAGUCCCUUCCACAAUUCAUGCCCCAACCCCAGUCUAUGAAUAUAUGAAGAAAGCUCUAGCAGUGGGCAGCUCCCCUCUUCUUCCCUGGUUCAGAUCAUAGUUGGGCUCUACAACAAUUUUCUUCCAAAACUGGAAUAUGGAGCUGCUUGUCCUGAGUCCAAUUAUGAACAAAAGGUGAAGUCAAAUAAUAAAUUAGGGCUCAUAAUGCUUCCCUCAUAUUUAAGGUGAACAUUAAGAGUAACCAAGGUGCAUAUUCCAGACAAAUGAGUUACAAACCUUAGGGACAUUGUUAUUUAUUUGAGCAGAGGCUAUUCCAGGGGUCGGCAAGGUUUACCUUGCCUGAGCUGGUUCACUCCAGCAGAGAUCCCUCUGUGGGCCAGAUUGCACUCGUUUUCUGGCAUCUGUGUCUGAGCAGACGCGAUUUCUGGCACCGCGGAAGCAAGUCCCCGUGCCGCGCUGCACCAGUUUAGCGCAGCACAUGGGGACUCGCUGAGUGGGCAGCUCGGUUCAGGGGCAGCUUGUGGGCUGGUUAAAUGACCCCUGUGGGCUGCUUGUGGCCCAUGGGCCUUAGGUUGCCUACCCCUGGGCAAAGGUGUCAUGUGCUUUGAAGACACUCGAACUCAGGACGCAAGGGAGAAACGGGCUAGGAGGAAGGCACACUUGGCAAAUCUACACCGUGAUCAACUCCCACCCAGAAGCCAAUGUCCCCACUGUGGAAGGAUGUGUGGAUCCAGAAUUGGCCUCCACAGUCACUUACGGACUCAUUGUUAAAACCAUGUUUAUGGAAGACAAUCUUACUCAGCUAUGAGUGAUCGCCAAAGAAGAACCAUCCAUAGGGUAUUCUAUGUUCUCUCUUUUCCACCCAGGACUUUAGCCAUGUGAUAGCAAGUGUGAGAGGAAGGGACUACUGUCAUUUUGGGAACAAGGCUAGAGGCAGCUCUCUCCAUCACACGCUGUCCUUUUCUCAGUUCUUAACUGUGGUGGCAGCUGAGGGAGAGAAGGCCCACCACCUCAGCUAUAAUGAGUUAAUGGGUAGGGGGGACACAUUUGAGAUCAAGACCAGUAUGCCUACUGUAUUUUAACAAGCUUCAUUAUUGGUACAUUGGCUAUGAAAGAGAGUGUUCAAGUCUAACAAUCGUUAAACUUCCUGGGACAUUAAGUUCUAAAAAUAAGAGAGGCUGCUAAUGAAGAAAUUGUGCAAUCUAAACUGGUCUAAAUUGACUGGCUGUGUAUCAACUUGCUGCAUGUUAACUAUUAAUUCCAAAUGCACUGUUACAGAUGAAGAGAUUUGGAUAACUGGCUUGCUUACAUUUACAAAUACCGAGCUUGAAAAAUCGAAGCAAGAAAUUAGUAAGUGUCACAUCUCUAAUGGAAUGCCCCCUAGCACUCUCCUGCUUCCUAACACAGAUUGUGGGGUUUUUAGCAGAAUAACACAGGUACUAGGGAAUAGGGAGGGGAGAAGGAAAGGUAAGAGUUAUACAUUUUGUAAUAAUAAUAAUAAUAAUAAUAAUAAUAAUAAUAAUAAUAAAUUAUUUGUACCCCGCCCAUCUGGCUGGGUUUCCCCAGCCACUCUGGGCGGCUUCCACAAAGACCAAAAAUACACUAGGACUACGUUCAUACAUUGAAGACACGUGUGAACAAUAAUGGGUGUGUUGCUGUGUUCAUUUUCUUGGUUAUAAUGCUAGCGAUUCUCAGAUGAAGAUGAUGGAGUUUUUGGAGCUAGCCGACCUGACUGGAAGAGUCCGCGACCAGAAGGAGGAUGAGUACCAGGACGAUUGGAUGAAAUUCAAAGACUAUUUAGUUAAAUAUCCUAAGAUAACUUAAUUGGAAAAACUUGCAAAUACCAGAUAGGCUUAGGAUUUAAAUAUGCAAUGUUAGAGAAUAAUAUGUUUAAAGUUAAAAUGAAAAGGAAGAAAGAUGUUAAGUGACUAAGUUAAUUUUAUAAGAAAAUUGGUUUUGGAAAACUGUUACAAUGAUAUACAGUAGUAUCUCUGGUUACGUACUUAAUUCGUUCUGGAGGUCCGUUCUUAACCUGAAACUGUUCUUAACCUGAAGCACCACUUUAGCUAAUGGGGCCUCCCACUGCCGCCGCACGAUUUCUGUUCUCAUCCUGAAGCAAAGUUCUUAACCCGAGGUACUAUUUCUGGGUUAGCGGAGUCUGUAACCUGAAGCAUAUGUAACCUGAAGCGUAUGUAACCCGAGGUACCACUGUACAAUGAAAUUCAGCCAGGGGGAUUCGAUGAAGUCAUUUAACAAUGUCACCAAGAUUGAAUUAAGUACAGUUAAGAUGUAUGUUUGUUUGUUUAAAAUUCUGGAAAAUCAAUUUUAAAAAAUUAAAUACUGUGUGUGUGUGUGUGUGUGUGUAUGUGUGUAUAUAUAUAUAUAUAUAUAUAUAUAUAUAUAUAAUGCUAGCAAUUCUGCAUUCCUUUUACAAAGUUUUUUGAUUGAUAUCAUGCCAAGUACCCUUCACAAGCUUGGUCAUAGUGUGACAUAACAACAGGUGUCAUUGGACAUGUCAUUACCACUACCCAUGAUGCACCCAUGAAAAUGGUGGGAAAGAAAUUUAUGCCAAAAUACUGCCCCCAAAUUUUGUCCCAUGAUUUUCUGAGUUAAUAGGCUCGCAAGUAUAUUUUCUCUGGAAGCAAUUAACACUGAAAUUAGCACUAAACGUCCACUAGGUUUCCAAAGUGACUUCUGUGUCCUGUGAAGAGCAGCAGCUGUGGUGGCAGGGUGUGGAGGCUGGGCACCCACAGCAAAAAUGGCGACAGUGAGCCUUUACACAUAUUAUCUCAAACCCCAAAUACACAGUACUACUGUUGGAAAGAUUUUCCAGCAACUGGAAUCGGAGCCUGCUUAGCCAUGGCAGAUCUUUCCUUCCUAAGAAUAGUCUGUUAGAUAAAAGGAAUGGAUGAAUAGCUUUGUCUAUGAAAAUGUGAGGUUCUGUUCAUUUACAUCUAUCUGAUUUAAACUAUGACAGAGACCAUAGAUCUCUCUACAAUUUUUAAUUAAUGACAUUUUAGCAACUGCUGCUUUGAAAAGCGGCAGGGACUGGGUUGAGUUAGCAAUGUCAGAGUAUACAGAAAAGAAUAUUUUUUCCAUCAUAAAGGUAUCUGAAUCACACAAACAGACAUUUUAUUCUUGGAAAGAACAAACAGACAUUUUCACUGUCAUCUGAAGCUUGCCAGAUAACGUUCAGGGGUCCUGUAAAUUAUCGGCCUGCUUUCAGGUCAGAGCCCAGAAAAAAUAAGGAUACAUUAUUAAGGAUUUUGUAGGUCAGAGGCAGAUGAUUAUAAUCAAUUAUUAUUGAGCUUGGAGACAAGACUAAAAGGAUGUUAUUAUAGAACUAUUCCUCACUAGGCAAGAAAGAAUCGAGGAAAAGCUAAAUGUGGAACAAAUGGGCAAAAGGCUUGGCUGGAUGGCCUAUAAACUCUCAUAUGGUUUUAAUUAGUAAUUUUAUAGAAGUUGUAUAACCGGUAGCUAUUAUUCAUAAGCUGUUUGUUACAAAAGGCUGAUAUUUCUUCAGAUAAAGUAGAUUAUCUGGUGCUUAGAACUUUUCGCAUUCAAUUACCCUCCUCCUUUGCUUUGUGGCACAGAACUGGCCCACCCUAAGCUGUAGACGCGGGUGGCGCUGUGGGUUAAACCACAGAGCCUAGGACUUGCCGAUCAGAAGGUCGGCGGUUCAAAUCCCUGCAAUGGGGUGAGCUCCCAUUGCUCGGUCCCUGCUCCUGCCAACCUAGCAGUUUAAAAGCACGUCAAAGUGCAAGUAGAUAAAUAGGUACCGCUCCAGCGGGAAGGUAAACGACGUUUCCGUGCGCUGCUCUGGUUCGCCAGAAGCGGCCUAGUCAUGCUGGCCACAUGACCCGGAAGCUGUACGCCGGCUCCCUCGGCCAAUAAAGCGAGAUGAGCGCCAUAACCCCAGAGUCGGCCACGACUGGACCUAAUGGUCCCUUUACCUUUACAAGCUGUAGGAAAGGUCUUAGGUUUCUGAAUGCCAGUUGCUGGAAAUCAUAGGAGGGGAGAAGAAAAUGCUCUUAUGCUCAUGCUCUGCUCCCUGGUUUCCCCCAGGCAUCUGGUUGGCCACUGCGUCAACAGGAUGCUGAAUAAGAUGGGCCAUUGGCCUGAUCCAGCAACCCAUUCUUACGUUCUGAUGUUCUUAAAAGGAUUACAGUGAGCAUGUAGUUUCCUUCAGAAAUAUCAGUUUGCUAUUCUCACAUACCCAUGUGGCUAUCACCAUACCCAUAUUAUGAGUAAAAAGGACCAUAGGAAAUCACAAGGUAUAUGACGUAGCUGACCCAAGAUCAUAUAAAAAUAAUUUGGUUGGCUCACACUGAACAAAACUAAAUCACUAUUGCACUGCUCUGCUUAUUGGCUACCGAAGUUCCUAAUUUGAGAACUUGUUAGGUGCAAACCCUUAACCCAAAGUGAAACAAGCCCACCUGCUGCUGCAAAAUCUGGUGAAGGAGAGAGUCACAACUCAGUGGUAAGAGUGUAUUAUUUACAUGUAGAAAAAUUUAGUUUUAAUCUCUGGCAUUUGUAGUUAAAGGAGCCCAGACAACAGAGCUAUAGUCUAACCAUAUAGGACAGCUCCUUUUAUUUAGGGCUAUGUAUCUGUUGUGGCGCAAAAAAAGCACAAAAUGCAGUAUUGCAUACAGAAUUAAACUUCAUAAGAAUCUCAUAUUUCUUUUUAUGUAUAUAUAAAAAGUUUAUAGACCUCACAGUUAGAGAGCCAGUGUAGUGGUUAGAGUACAGGACAAGAGUACUGGGUGAGGACUUAGGAGACCAAAGUUCAAAUCCACACUCAGCCAUGAAGACAUUGGUCAGUCAGAGGAUUUCAGCCUAACCUAUCUUACAGGAUUGUUGUGUGGAUGAAAUGGAGAGGAGAAAACUAUGUAGGCCACCUUGAGCUCCUUCAGAGUGUAUGAACACAAUGCCUUCUAUAAUCUUAGAAACCCAAAGCAAACUGAAUAAAAUUAUUCCAGUCUUUUUCCACCUUCUGUUUAAUAUAUAUGUAUUGCAUUACUUUUUUCAUCUCUGCAAUUUUCCAUGUCUAAAUAACCAAUAUUUUCACUCAGCAGUAUUACAGCUUCACCAUUUGCUGGCUAUAAGUAUCUUUGCCACAGCCAAUGGGUUCUAAAUCAUUUUGUGAUGCCUUAAAAUAUACAAAUCCAUCCAUACAUGCCAGUAAGACAAGCAAGGUAUCUGGGAGACUACAAAUCCCGCCACCAUCUGCUCAAAAACAUAAAGAACCUAUUCUCCCAGAAGAACAUUGUUCUUUGACAUGCCCAUGAUUCUCUCCUAAAUUUAUGUGAGUACAAAUGACUAAACCAAGACUCAUGAUGAAAUCAGGCCCUUUCAGUUUAGAGCAAGUUGUUGCUUUGCCACUGAAAGCACUGCCUUCCACUGUUCCCCACUCCCGCCCUUACACCUACACGAGAGCAUCUGUUGACAAGCUAACUGAAAAGCAAAACAACAUGGACACAGAUACCAUCCCUACAAUUUUCCUGAUGACAAGGGGCAAUUAUCUAAAUGGGUACAAGUCAAGAUUUUCUCUUUAAAGAACUCACACACACAAUGUGCACCUUGACUCUUGUAUAAAAGAUGCAGGACCAGAAUUAACAUAAUUCUGAAAUCUUCUAUUUAGGGAAUUGGACCUUCAUCUCUGUUUCAUUCCCAGCUCACUGAAAACCUGUGAUUACCAUCUGAAUAAGCCAGGCCUACUUUUAAAAAACUUAAGAGAAACAAGAAAUGAGACAACUAAUCACUUCUUCACAUUCAAUCACUUCUUCACAUUUUGUUCUAAGUAAUGUGCAUGUUUUGUGCAGAUUGUUUUGCUAUUAUUUGACUAAAACAGAAAGGCAACGUUUCACGCACCUAUUGGAUAGUGAACAACCAAUUCCCAACAUUCUCUUUGUUGCAUUCUACAAUCACCAAAAAAAAGGGGGGAGAAACUGAACCCAGAGUGAGAAUGUAUGCAGAUGAUGAACUAUUCACAUAGGAGCAGAUUUAGUUACCAAUGGCUACUAUUAAUUUUUCUUGGGUGUAGUAAACUGGUAGCAAUGGGCCAAACUAUUGGGGAGGUUUCCCUAAGAAACUAGCAUCACGGUGAACAGGGAUAGCCUUGGUCCCCACUUCAUAUACUAUCCUGCUUUCUCAGGUAGGGCUGAAACUCAGUUCUCCAUUUAGAAAGACAAAAUUGCAUGUCCCCACCAAGGUCUUUGCAAUAGACAGGUCCUUUGUCCAGACUUCUCUCUAACCUGCCCAUUGUAAUAAAGGGCAAUCAGCUUAUAAUUCAGUUUGGUUAAAACUGAUGAAAACUGAUGUAGAAACAUGAUGUUUCUACAAGAAUCCUUUCAAAGACCUAUAUCAGGACAGCUACAUUGUGGCUUUUCAGCCACACUUAGCUCCCGGGUGGAGUGGACCAUACCUACUGUCAGGCAUCUAUAUAUUUACAUUCCCUCUGUUAAUAACAGUAGGCAUUUUGCCAUCCUUUGCAAUUCCCUCCAUUGGCUUCCUCAGACUGACAACAGUGGUAUAUGUUGCCGUGGAAACCGUUAGCAACUGAAAAAUACCUAAAAGCCAGUAGCCCUCAAAAUGUGUUCCAAUUGUGGGCACAUCAGUGUCACUAAUAAUAAAAAAGACCAUCUCAACAACAUCAUAUAUCUAGGUGCUUCCUAGAUAAGAACUGUUAAAAGUGAAAGAAUUUCAUAGAAAUGUCAGCUACUUCUCAGAGAAAACAAAUAGCAUCACCCGAGGCUUAGGCCUACACACACUGUAGGGAACAGAAAACUGUCACACACUCCCCCAACAUUCAGAGUAAGUAGGACUUAUUAGUGACUAACCUUAGUAGCAGUGACAUCUUCACGUGGAUUGGCAUAUGUCUAUCACAUUACAAAUAAAAAUAAAAAGCUUCAUUUCUAAAUAUACUGUUGAUCAUUUUUAACCCUUAUUCAUAUCCACAAGUGUCCAGAACGGCUAUCACCUGUUCAGAUGUACAAAGUCAAGCAUUCUUUUAAUAAAAGCUUAUUAAUUACAAUGUUCCCCAAGUAAGACAAGACAGUGUUAUACUAGCAAAAUAUGUAUAGAUACGAGAUAAGCUCAAGCAAUAGGUGCAAUCUAGUUCUGAUCAGGAAACUGAUGCACUGUUAUAGCCCAGUAAUGUUAUUAUGCUGCCUUGAGUUCUUUUUAUGAAGGUAGAGUAUUAAUUUUAAUAAUAAAUGUUUAAAGUGGUGCCUCCCUUCUUUUUUUAAAAAAAAUUACAUAGUUAGAUUUAUAGUACCUCCCAUCCCAAUUUCUUCAUAUGGAUACUUAUUCGCAAAGGGCUCAGAAACUAAUAUAGCAUCCACAUGAAUGCUGGCUAACACUGAGGUAUUAAAAGAAUUAAAAUCUGAAUGAAAUCAGAGGUAGCCAGAAAGCUGAAGACCUAUGAACCUAAAACACUUAAGAAGUAGAAGUUGAGAUUCCAGCUGCUGCAAAUUAAGGAGAAUUCCCUUUAUGAUACUAACCACCAUUAAAAGGGUCUACAAACCAUCUCCUCCAUAUAAGUUGCUCUUGCAGCUACUAUGCUAAGAUUGUAUCCACUUGAAGCAAAAAUAUAACUUGAAGACUCAAUGCACCAAGGCUUUAACACAAUGGCUUUAUUUGUGAAUAUUGUGCUUGCUGCUUGUAUAUCAGUGUUUCACCUGUUAGACCUGCAGCAUGCCCACAGCAGGUAUGUCAAGUGUGAACAGGCCCAUGUACACAGGUGUUUAAAGACUCAGAUAAUUAAUGCUUUACAAAUUUGUUGUAGAAACACUAGAGUCAAUACAGCAAACAUCACAGUAUACACUGUGAAGCUAUUCUGGCUUUUACUGAAAUCAAUAGGACUUCGAUGCAGACAAGCUGUCUGCCUACAAAAACUUAAAUUCCUUCCACUGCUUUGGAAAGACAGGCUAGGUGGGUUUUUUCCUCAUCAGGUGUGAAAUUCCCCUCUUGAUGAUAUGGACAAGGGACAAAUGGUGUCCUUUUAUCUCUUUCUGCUAGCAACCUCUCCGUCAACGACUUUGCAUUCCCUGCUGUACAAAAAUCAAACACCCCUUCUUGAUCUGCUCGGAAUACAUCUUGUACUCGAAUCUAAUCAAGUGGCAAGCCGACAACUGCUAUUCAUCAUCCUGAUGCCUAGACCACUGGCAGCAAAUGCAAUACAAGGACAAUAAGAUGCUCUAAGGAAGCAGCACUAACAAUAGUGAGUUUCCAGUUUUCCCUGGUUAGCUCUUCUGAUUCAUACGAGACUGCAAUUUUAAUACCAGCCCUUUAUAAGAGGGUUAAUAUGUGGCGCAGAAUUCAUGACUGAGCAUUAGAAUUCACGUUUGUUCUCAACUGGGGAUUUGCACGUCCGUGCCAAUUAUGGAUCCACCAUGAGGAAGUAUUUCUCCCCUGGCUUUAAGUCUGGAAGGCAAGAUUUUUACACCAUCUCAAGAAGGAUAUGCUAAUAGCGGAGAAAGGUACAGGAAACAGCAGCUAAAAUUAUCAAGGGGUGGGAGGCUAGGGAGGUCGGAGAAUUCAGAUGAAAAUGGAAAUGUCCAAAAUGAAAAUCAAUCCUGCAAAUACAAUCAGUUGUUUUCAGGCUGCAAAUGUUAUAUAGUGGAAGGUAAUAAAUUACUUUUUUCCAAUUUGCAUGGCGUUUCCUUUGCAUUGAAAUGAAUGAAAUGGAAUAAAGUAAGGAUUACAUAGUUAAUUUUUACCAUAGUGGGCCGUGAGACAAAUGACACUGUUGUUGUCAGCAGCCAAACUGCAGCAGAACAGAACAAGUGCUGUGUUUGAUGAAUGCAGUUUGGAACAGAAAUGGAUGUCUUCUUACUUCCUCAGUUGAAAUACCUCCUGUGGUAAAGAAUCUCUUACCCCCACCAUUUCUUGGCUGCCAAGCAGUCAUGUAUUUCCAUCCAGUUCUAUUCAAAGGCGGAAAAGAGUGCCUGAAAUAUGUGACCUACCUGACAAACUGACUCUGGCUCUCAUUGGUCAGAAACAGUCAGAGGCUACUCCCUCCAAAGAGGCCUGGAGAAUGUAGAUGAAAAGCAUUUUUCUCCCCCCACUCUCAGAGCACUGGAACUCGUGGUCAACCAGUGAAAUGGGUUGGCAGUAGAUUCAAAACAGGCAACAUAAAAGUGUUUCUCCCAAGGAAGCACAAUUCAUCAAUGGCCAUUCAUUGCCACAAGAUGGACUGAUGGUCGCUGGGUCAGAUUGCUUGAAAAGGGGGUUGGACAGAUGCAUGGAGAAUUGACCUAUUCAUAGCUAAUAGCCAUGAUAGCUAAAUAGAACCUCUUUGCCACUGAAUACCAAGUGGUACUGGGAACAGGGAGCUGAAGGGAAAGGUAUUGCCUUCAAGAUCUGCUUAAGAGCUUAAAUUCACAGGACUACCAAGUCUCAGCCUAAGACCUUAAUUCACAGGACUCCCUAAGAAUCAUCCUUUCUGUUUCAUAAUGCCUUCCUUCACUGAAACACUGCUGUUGGUUCAUGCAUACUUGAAGACAUUCACUAAUGCAUAAGGAAGUGCUAACAUAAACUGUAUGCCAGUUGUCAAAACAAAGGAACUAUGUAUAGAUUCUGGCACAUUUCUCUUGGCUUUUCUAUUAGGUUCCCCUCGUUAUCUUCAGCAAGUUUGCUGGAAGAAGUGUGCGUAUGUGUUGGGGGAGGGGGGGCUGUAAGAGGGGUGAUGCAGAGCAGGUGGAAUGGUGGCUGCAGAGAGGCAAGGACAUCGUGUAG